UCUAUAUGCAUAUAAAUGUUUUGAUCAUAUCUUAGUGUGAAUUUCAUAACUUGCAUGCACACAAAAAUUUCAGUGAAAAUCUUUUUGGUUAUGGGAAAGAGUUUGUUUCAAGAAUCUCUGAAAGCUCUAGAAGCUGAUAUUCAGUAUGCUAAUACACUGGCAUUAGGUCAUCCAAGGGAUAAAGAAGGAGGAUGCUUUCAAAUGAGGCUAUCAUACAGUCCAGUGGCCCCACUUUUUCUCUCUCUUGUUCAGUGGACUGAUUACCGACUUGCUGGUGCUCUUGGUUUGCUCAGAAUUCUAAUUUAUGUGACAUAUGGAAAUGGGAAGACUACUAUUUCAAUUUAUGAAAGGAAAGCAAGCAUAAGACAAUUUUAUUCGAUUAUAUUUCCUGCUCUAUUGCAACUUCAGAAAGGUGUCACAGAUUUGGAAGAAAGGAAGCAGAAAGAAGUAUAUGCUAAUAGAUAUCAAAAGAAGACUGAUUUCAAAGAUAGAAGAGAAUCUAAAAUUGACAUUGAAAGAGAAAAAGAAUGCGGAGUUUGCUUGGAGGUGAAAGCAAAAGUUGUGCUGCCUAAUUGUUGCCACCAAAUGUGUUUCAAGUGUUACAGAGAAUGGUGUCUUAGGUCUCAAUCUUGCCCCUUUUGCCGGGAUAGCUUGAAGAGAGUGAACUCUGGUGACCUUUGGAUUUACACAGACACAAGUGACAUUGUUGAUGUUGGGACAAUUUUCAAAGAGAAUUGUAAGAUUCUGUUUCUUUACAUAGAAAAGUUGCCACUUAUUAUUCCAGACCCAAGACAUGUGUCAUAUGAUCCAUUUUUUAGGUAAGGGUUGUUAUAUUGCCCUUUCAUUGUACUUGUAAAUCCAUUUUGGACAAUAAUUUAAUUGUAAAUAUUCUAGUGUACUUGUCUUCUUUACUUUCA